AUGCAACAGGGUAUUUCAAUUGGUUGUCGAGCAGCUGCGCUGACGGGUGAGCGCGCGUCGCUGGCCCAGCGGUGCUUUGUGUUUGCCGCUGGGCGCGUGCUGGCUGUUUGGGGCAUUGGAUCCGGAAGCGGAAGUGCUCAUAGUUGGCUGGCGGUGCAUAGUGCGGGCAGCAGCAACACGGCAACAACGGCGGCCAGAAUUUUUUCACGUUUGGAUAGUGUCGAGGAGGUGCAACGCGGUCGCAGUGGCAGCGCUGUUGGAAUAACGCCCGGCGGUGGUGCAGUGGCAGCGGCAGCGGCAGCGGUGGCAGCGGGUUCACCAGCCAGAACCGGCGGUGGGGGAGUGGGCGCGGGCUUGGGCAAUGCGGCAGGAGCGCGUAAUCGCAGCGCCAGCACAAUACUCGAGCUCAGUCAGAGCCAACUAGGAGCGCACACGCGCAAGUAUUCGAGCGGCGGCGGCGCAGCACUUCUCGCUGGCGAUGUGAAUGGAUACGGAGACAACGCGUCAACUGCGAAAUGCGACACAUUUAAUGGCGUUGGAGCGAGUGCAGUGGCGCAUCAUCGGGUAACGAGUCGGGCGUUGCGGCUAGUGCGGGCGGCGGAGCUGGUGGCUCAGCGCCAACAAUAG